AUGUCCUCCAGCAACAAGUCGCUCACGAACAAGCUCGUGGUCUCUCUCAUGUUCACCAAUAAUUUGGGGGAGGAGUACGUUUGCCUGACGUGCUCUAAACCGUGCAAGAGUGCGCACGGCUACAUCAACCUGAUAACCCACCUCCGCAUCAACCACCCCACCUACCUCGAAGAUGCGGGUCGAGCCGCCAAGGAUCGCAACUCGCUUCGUCUACCUGUCAUAGACGAGGCGAGCCGCAGCAUUUUCCGGUGGUGUGAAUGGGUUGUAAUGAACCGUCUCCCCUUGAGCUCCGUCGAGCGGAAAAUGACGAGGAAGAACGCGUCGCUCACCCCAAUUGCUAAGAACACUCUAAAAAGGUACCUGAUGCGCAUAUUUGAGUCUGUCGAGGCUAGGGUUGCUGAAGAGCUACCUUCCACGUUCGGCAUCGUCCUCGACGGAUGUACGUUCAAGCGGACGUCACUAUAUCGCCAUCUUCGCCGUGUUCAAUGA